UAGCGUACCGAUUUUAAAGCAACAAUCAUUUUGUAAUGUUGGCACAAUUUGCGCAACUUUUGUAUGUUCAUCUUUCGUUAUUGUGUUUAGUUGUUUAUGUGUUGUACAUUAAAGGCUAAAUAAGACGGACGAUUGUGUAUUAAAGAAUGGCUUCUUCUGGUUCAAUGUCAGUUGAUGAUGAAGAGCUCACCCUGCCUCGGGCAUCAAUCAACAAAAUGAUAAAAGAAAUUCUACCAAAUAUACGUGUUGCAAAUGAGUCACGUGAAUUGAUUCUAAAUUGCUGUACAGAAUUUAUUCAUCUUAUAUCUUCAGAAGCAAAUGAUAUCUGCAAUCAUCAACAGAAGAAAACCAUAAAUGCCGAACAUGUUUUACAGGCAUUGGACCGGCUGGGGUUCGGUGACUACAGAGCAGAUGCAGAAGCUGUAGUGAGAGACUGUAAGGCUGUUGCAGCAAAGAGGAGGCGACAGAGCACACGAUUAGAAAAUUUGGGUAUACCUGAGGAAGAAUUAUUACGACAACAGCAGGAGUUGUUUGCAAAGGCACGAGAGGAGCAGGCUGCUGCCGAGCAACAACAAUGGCUGCAGCUUCAGGCUGCUGCUCAAAUGGUAUCCAUGCAACAGUCUAACCAGGAGGACCUUGAUCAAGAGGACUACUCCUAGGUUCAAACCCCAGUCAUCAGUGAUGAAAAUAUCUAGUUUGUAUUAAACAGUUACAAUAAUGACUCGGUAUGCAAAGUGUAAUUAAACUUUAUUGCUAGCACAUGGCUUUUAUGGUCAGUUAUUUAUGAAUUUAUAAAAGUGAUAAAACAUGUAAAUAAUGGUAGAAGGAGGAAGUUCUGUGACCUGAUAAAAUUUUAUCCUUUUUCACUCUUUUCUUAUGAUUAAUUUCAUUAUAAGUAACAUCACAUUCCACAGUCUGUUCUUAAAGUGGUUGUGGCCAUGUUUCUUGAAUUCUUGUUAUUCUCCUUGUUCUCAAAUUUGUUGGUGCAAUUAUGAUGUAUGUUUCUAGGUCAUUGUAUGGCAUGAAGCAAUAAAACAGUGCCUGGUGUGUAA